UUAGAGGAAGAAUAUAAUUUUAUUGUCAGCUGGAAAAACUUGGUUAACAAUGCAAGAGGAAAAUUUGACAUAGCUUUAGAAAAUCACUGGAAAAAAGCAGCCGAAAAAGGAGCGUUUCGGUGUAAAUUUGAAAAAGGAGCAGAAAAGGUUGUAUCUGGUAGUAUACGUUUCCUCGCGCAGUUCAUUCCGGGGAGGGCAAAUAGACGGUUCCCAGAAGCGAUGAAGAGUUUAUCCGAUCCGUUCGACCCUUCCAAGUUUAACUUUACGAAGGUGAAAGAAUGCGAAGUGUUGUUUGAAAUCAGGAAACAAGAUACACAAGUCCAAGAACUCGACAGGGAUUUCAUUGUGGUGAACAACAGCCCUCUGGGGCACUGCCAUUCCUUGUUGCUGCCAAGGCUGCAUCGAUGCUUGCCCCAGGUGGCAACCCUGGAGAGUCUGGAGCUAGCUCUCGGGGUGAUGCUGCUGAGUUCAUCACCCGCACUCAGAGUUGGUUUCAACAGUCUUCUGGCUCAUGCCUCGGUCAACCAUCUUCAUUUCCACAUAUAUUUCCUGGAAACACCCAUGCUGUUGGAGAGCAUUGAAGUACAACACUUCAGUGGACCGUGCUUUGUGCUUCUCGAUUACCCGGCACCUGCCUUCGUGUUCCAGCUGACAGAGUAUAACGUGUCCCAACUGGCAUGGGAUGUACAUUGCUUGACAAAUCAUCUUCACAAGAUGGAAAUUGCCCACAACAUUUUCUUCACACGUGGCAUCAAAUCAGGCAGCAAACCAGGACACGAGAGGGAUACUAUCAGAGUUUACGUUUGGGCCAGAGAAUCUACAGGUAUCAAAGAUCCGGCCUCAUUCACACCAGCUGUGUGUGAACUUUUUGGACAUCUGUGCUUCAAAACUGAAGAGGAUUACAACUCUGCGACGGAAGAUAAAGUAGCCAAUAUUUUAAAAGAAAUCUGCGAAGAGUAUUUCAACAUGGCAUGCGAGAGUGUGAAACAGUUGUUUAGCUGUGAUAAUAAAAAUAAAUAAAAAAAAUCAUAGAAAAAUA